AUGGAGAGAAAAAGCUUUCUAGACCUUCCUGCUCCCGCUAACUAUGUUGCCGGGGUGGGACGUGGGGCCACUGGGUUCACCACACGGUCAGAUAUUGGUCCUGGAAGAUCAGGUUUUGUGACGAGAAAUGGUGGUGGGUCAGAUAACGAAGACGACGAAGAUGAGAAUCGCGAUUCUGCCCAGUUAGAACAAUCAGAACAAGGCCUUCUCACAAAUGGAGGGGUCAAUGAGGAUGACCAAGAAGCCGAUCGGGUUUAUGAGGAGAUUGAACAACGACUUCGCUCGAAACGAAAACAUGUUGAAGAUGAUGAAAGUUCCAAUAAAAAGAAGCGACAGGAAGUUUACAAAUCCAUUAGCAGUCAGUUCUCAGAUCUAAAGAAAGGUUUAAGUAGCAUUUCCGCUGACCAAUGGAUGAAUUUACCGGAGGCCGGGGAUAUGACGAAACGGAAUAAGAGGGAGAGAGAAUUAAGCCAGCAACAGCGACGUACUUAUAAUGCUGGGGAUUCUUUAAUUGCUGGGCUUCGUGCUUCAGGAGCCACCGAUAAUCAUGAAACAAUCUUGGAUAAUGAUACUGAUUUCGGGAUGAUUUCCCUGGCAAGGGGCAAGAUGUUGAGCUCGAAGCUCGAUGGUUACACCGAUGUGAUCGAGUCAUUUGACAGUAAAAACUAUUUGGACAAAUUACAAAUUGAACAAGAAAAGAUCCAGGAACUUAAUGAAGACGUCGGUGACUUGACAAAAUCCCGAGCCAUCUUCAAGUCUUUGAGAACUACCGAGCCGUAUAAUCCCAUCAAUUGGAUCUCCAGUGCCAGAAUCGAAGUGAAGGCGAGGAAAUUCGAUUUGGCCAAGAAAAUUAUUGUUGAGGGCUGUCAUAAAUGCGCCAAUGAUCAAGAAAUAUGGUUGGAAAGUAUUAAUAUUCAUAGCUCUGACGUGGUUAGCUGUCGAAAAAUCGUUGCCGAAGCAUUGACGUUCAAUUUGAAAAGCGAAAAAUUGUGGUUGAAGGCGAUUCAAUUGGAAAAUGACGUGUUUAGUAAGAAGAAGAUUGUUCAAAAAGCUCUCAAGAACUCUCCAAACAGUGUUGAUCUUUGGAAAACCGCCAUCAGCCUUGAAGAUAGUAAAGAGGAGGCAAAGAAACUUUUGAAUGCCGCGGUAGAAAUCAUUCCCGAAGCCAUUGAAUUAUGGUUGGUGCUAAUAAACUUGGAAAGUGAUGUCAAACAGUCACGGAAAAUCCUCAAUGAUGCUAGAAAAAGUUUACCUAAAUCCCAUGAAAUUUGGGUCGAGGCUUGUAAAUUAGAAGAGCGUAAUGGAGCAGAGCUGUCAAAGAUCGAGAAACUCAUGAGCAAAGGUGUGGCCACCGUGAUAUCUCAUGGAAAUACCAUUAAAAGAAAUGCUUGGUUUGAAAUUGCCAAAAACUGUGAAGAUUCAAAUUUCCCAUUGACGGCAGUAUCAAUUAUCCGCAACACUAUAUCAUUAGGAUUCGAGGAUACUGAUGAAGUUGACAAAUUGAUUCUCUGGCAAGAAUACGCGGAAAAAAUGAUAAAGUCACAACACUUGGUGACUGCCAAAGCAAUUUAUGGUUGUACUCUUGAGAAACACCCUGAAGAAAUACCAAUCUGGAGAGCAUAUUUUGGGUUUCUCAAAAAACAUGGCACGGUGGCCCAAUUAUACGAUGCUUUUGACCAAGCAAUCAAAGCUAAUAGCUCUUGUGAGGAAUUUCGGCUUCGAUAUGCUAAAGAGAAAUGGAUCAAUAAUGAUGUUGAAUCUGCCAGAGCGAUCCUCAAUGAUUCUUUCGAAAAGGAUCCUACAAAUUCAGAGAUUUGGCUUGCGGCAGUUAAACUCGAGACUUCUACCAAGAAUUAUGAAAAAGCGUUGCUUUUAUUCCAACAAGCUCGAGAAAAGCUUCCCCAGAACCCAAGGAUAUUGUACAAAUGGGUGACAUUGUAUCGUCAAUUGUCGCGCGAUGAUGAUGCGCUAAACUUGGUGGAAGAAUCCUUAUUGACUUUCCCAGAGAUUGACAAAUUCCAUAUACAAAAGGGGCAAAUCCUUGGAAAUUUGAAGGAUUUUUCUGCUGCCAGAGAGGCCUACGCCACGGGUGUGCGAGUUUGUGAGAACUCUAUUCCUUUGUGGUGUUUAUUGGUGAGGAGCUUUUCGGAGGAAAAUAUGAUUAUCAGGGCUCGGUCAAUUCUUGAUCGUGCAAUUGUGAAGAAUCCUGAUAGCGAUGAAUUGUGGGUGGUGAGGAUUGAACUUGAAAGGGUGCAUAAAACCAAUAAAGAAGUUGAAGCGAUCAUUAAUGAGGCGUCGAAAAAGUUUCCAAAGUCGGCUAAGAUUUGGGCGCAAAGGUUACAAGCCAUCACCAAAAGAUCAGAAAUGAAGAAGCAUUUAUUGGUGGCGAUGAAGGAGACGAAUUCCGAUUCGCAGAUUUUGCUAGCGGUAGGGAUUAAUUUCUUUGUUGAUGGGAAAUUUGAUAAGGCUAAAGUAUGGUUUGAAAGAGCAGUUGGUGCGAACAAGGAUUUUGGCGAUGCAUGGUGCUGGUUAUACUUGUUUCUUAAGAAAAGGGGUCUGCCAGAAGAGGUUGAGCAAUUGUUGAAGGACGCCAGUGUGGCUGAGCCACGACAUGGCAAAGUUUGGCCGUCAAUAAAUAAGGACGUCAAAAAUUUUGAUAAGUCUAUGAAAGAAUUAUUCGAGAUUGCUUCAGAAAAGUUAUUAAAAUAG